AUGGCCGUUGUUGGGCUUCUGCUCUCGCCCUGGGCACCGGCCCUCUUGGUGGUGGGCGUCGUCGCGUAUUAUCUUUACCCAUACUUUGUCAAAUUCGGUCACCUCCGCGAUAUACCCGCUCCGUUCCCGGCACAGUUCACCAACCUGUGGCUGUUGUCCGUCGUCAGGCGCGGCACAAGAUACAAGACAGUUGACCAAGUUCACCAGAAGCUGGGCCCAGUCGUACGAAUCCAGCCCAACCACGUGAGCAUCGCCGACGACGAAGCCAUCCAGACCAUAUACGGCCAUGGAAACGGCUUCUUGAAAGCCGAAUUUUACGAUGCCUUUGUCUCCAUCCGCAGGGGCCUCUUUAACACUCGAGACCGCCACGAGCACACACGCAAGCGCAAGUUGGUCUCGCACACCUUCUCCGUCAAGUCAAUCAGCCAAUUCGAGCCGUACAUGCACGAGAACCUGGUUCUCUUUGUCCAGAAGUGGGACGAGCUCGCCAAGAACAACCCCGCCGGCGCCACCAUCGACUGUCUGAAAUGGUUCAACUACCUGGCAUUUGACAUCAUUGGCGACCUCGCCUUCGGCGCACCCUUUGGCAUGCUCAAGGCCGGCGCUGACAUAGCCGAGGUCCGCGAGUCGCCAACAAGCCCACCCAUCUAUGCGUCCGCUAUCGAGAUUCUGAACCGCAGAGGCGAGGUCUCGGCGACGUUGGGGAUCCUGCCAGAACUGAAGCCCUGGGCAAAGUACCUCCCGGAUCCCUUCUUCAGCCAGGGCUUGGAGGCUGUGCAGAACCUUGCCGGCAUAGCUAUCGCUCGCGUCAAGUCCAGGCUGGAUAACCCGCCCGACAUCGACCGUCUGGACCUGCUCGCGCGUCUGAUGGAGGGACGCGACGACAAGGGAGAGCCACUCGGUAGAGAGGAACUGACGGCGGAGGCGUUGACCCAGUUGAUCGCCGGCAGUGACACGACGUCCAACUCGUCGUGCGCGCUGCUGUACCACGUCGCGCGAACCCCCGGUGUGCUCGAGAAGUUGCAAAAGGAGCUCGACGAAGCCAUCCCCGCCACCUGCGACGUGCCGACCUAUGACAUGGUCAAGGACCUGCCCUAUCUCGCCAUGACCAUUAACGAGGCCCUCCGCUACCACUCCACCUCCGGUAUUGGUCUCCCGCGUGAGAUCCCGCCCGAAUCGCCCGGAGUGACGAUCCGCGGACACUACUUCCCCCCUGGCACGGUCCUCAGCGUUCCGUCGUACACAAUGCAUCACUCCAAGGAGAUCUGGGGCCCUGAUGCGCAUGAGUUCCGCCCAGAGCGAUGGGAGUCGGUGACGACUAGGCAGAAGAACGCCUUUAUCCCCUUCAGCACGGGGCCUAGGGCCUGUGUGGGCAGGAACGUGGCGGAGAUGGAGAUGAAGUUAAUUGUGUCGACAUGGGCGAGAAGGUACCGCGUCGAGCUUAGACAGGAUUACAUGGAAACGAGUGAGGGGUUCCUGAGGAAGCCCCUGAAAUUGAAUAUCAACAUUAAGAGGCGGUAA